GGCAUUGACUCUACUUUCCUCAACACAUUAAGAAGACAAAAUCAAGAAGAAAAAUGGCUGGAACUGACAGGGUGAAUCAUGAGAAUCAAGAACUAGUCCCCACUGGUAAAUUAGGUAAAGCAAUGCCAGUACCACCAGAAGCCAUGAGGCGUCCACGUGGCAGGCCGGCCGGGUCGAAGAACAAGCCGAAGCCGCCAAUUAUCAUCACGCGCGACAGUGCCAACGCGCUUAAAGCGCACGCGAUGGAGGUCAGCUCCGGCUGCGACAUCAACGAGAGCCUCCUGAGCUUUGCUCGGAGAAAGCAACGGGGAGUGUCCGUCCUGAGCGCGACGGGGUGCGUUACCAACGUGACGUUGCGUCAACCGGCGUCCUCCGGGUCAAUCGUGACCCUCCACGGGAGGUUCGAGAUCCUAUCUCUGCUCGGCUCGAUUCUGCCACCUCCGGCCCCACCGGGGGUGACAGGGUUGAGCAUAUACCUCGCCGGAGCGCAGGGACAGGUGGUGGGAGGGUGCGUGGUCGGUGCGCUUAUCGCCUCCGGUCCGGUCGUGAUCAUGGCCGCGACUUUCUUGAAUGCCACUUACGACAGGCUGCCGUUGCUUGAUGAUGAGCAACAGGUCAUUUCGGCGGCCAACCACCAGCAGCAAUACCACCACCACCAAAACGGCGGCGGCCACCAGAAUAUGGAGGUUUCCGACAUAUAUGGGUUGCCGCAGAAUCUGAUUACUGGUGGUGGUGCUUUACACCCUGUCGAGGUCUAUAGUUGGGCACCAGCCAAGAACUUGUCAAAACCAUAGAGCGUGCUAGCUAGAUAGUACUCGUAAGAAAUUAUUAUUAGAGAGAAAUGAUACUAGCUGGCCUAGACUUUCCUUGAUGUUCUUAAUUAAUUUCAUUUCUCAUAGUCAUAGAAGAAAAUUUGUAACUUCUCUAUAAUAAUUAUUCAAUAUAACUUGUUAUUAUACCUAUUUUUCCUACGCUUAACAGAUUCUGAUAUGAUGUUUAAUUAAAA